AUGGCGCUCAACCUCAGCGAGUCCCGACGUCUGGCCUCGCGACGGAACGUCUCGCAGCCUACCCCGCCACGACUAGCACCGCUGCCGGAUGCGGCGCACGGCGGCGGCGGCGGUGGUCCGCAGGGGGGUAGUCUGCGGUAUCAUCUGCAGCAGCAGCGGAAAAUGUCGCGGACGGUGUCGCCCAAGCCGGACCGGGCGUUCUCGGUGGCGUCGCCGAGGGUUGUUAGCGGGAGGUUGUUUACGCCGCUGCAGCCUGCGUUUGAGACUGGCAUGGGGUAUCGGUAUCUUUCGUCGGCGUCGACGCUGGCGAGGGUGCAGAAGGCGAAGGAGUAUUUGGAUCUGAUGGCUCAGUAUCGGAGGGUGUUGGAACUUGUGCCGCCGCUUGAGCCGGAGCACUUGGGAAGAUCCCGGGCUGCUGCUGGUGGUGCUGGUGCUUCUACUAGUAAUGCUACUAUUGCUACUACUACUGCUACGACGCCACCUCUCACACCCAACAACAACUCGGAGUCCGCAUCGAGGACGGCUGCCAACGAGUCAGAGCCGAGAGUUAUCGGCCGUCCAUAUAACCCGCUACAAUACAUUCGCAACCGCAAGGUGCGGGCGCGUGAGAGACGGGCGAUCGACGGUGAAGCGCAGGGGUUUACGGAUGUGCUCAAGGUGUCGGAGUGGGUGGAUGAUGUAGCCAAGUGGGUGGCCACGGGGCAAGGGCGGCGGCCUUCUGCUUUUGAUGAAGGGGAUCACCACCACAACCGCAGCGGGAUUCCUGCGUUUCCGGGUGCGCAGCUAGAGGGGAUGCAGGUUUCGCCCCCGCCGUCUACAUCCGCAUCGACGUCGAGAGCGGGGUCGGCAACCAAGCCGAAGAGGCCGCGGGUGGACUGGGUCAUUAACCCGGCGGACAUGCUGGCCGAUGUGUACUGGUUGGAGCUGGAUGAUAAUAAGAAACUGGUGGAGGACCGGCAUUGGAGGCGUGUCUUUCCCCAGAGCCAGGGGCUGGAUGUCCCACGGCCGUCGUCCAAGGAUGAAACGGCUCGUUUUGCCACGCCUGGCUCGACGCGGGCCUCGCUUGAGGCGUACACACUCAGUGAUCACAAGACGAUAUCAACGAUAGGGACAACAACGACGACAGCGACAGGCGAUCAAGUACCGCCAUCGUUAUCAUCAUCGAACAAACACGAUCACGAACACGUCCUCAUCGCAGCGAGAGACCGCGCGCAACAAAAGCUCCGCGCUCUCAAGGGCUCACACCAUCGCCACACUAGCUCGUUCGCCAACCGCGACCUGCUCCGGCUCCACCGGGGGUCGGUCUCCGAAUCGUCCGACACCGAUAGUGACCGGCGUCGGCGAGGAGGGAAAGGCGGGCCUGGGACGACGACCACGGUCAGGUCGGUCCUGGAGAAGCAGAUGGAGGAGAUGAUUGCGCGCGAACAACGCGAGGCGGCGGAAUCCCAUCCUUUGUUUGAUCGUGAGACGGGGCGGAUGCGGUUUACUUCGCCCAUGACGCCGGAUCGAGAUGGGGGUAAAGACGGAAACGGAGGAGACGCGGACAGAGAUCCGCGGGGAUCGGACGGGACGUUGGAUUGGCCUCCUCAGAGGGGCUCGCGUACGGAACUCAGCGAAGCCGAUAAUAAAGCGUCGUCGUCCGUCAGACGGGACAUGCUGACGACGUCCCCGCCAUCGCGAAGGGGCCGCGCGAGUCUUGAGGUGCCUCGUGACAGGCACGCCUCAGCGGAUGAUGAUGAUACCUCACAGGCGGGUUCGCCAAAUUUGCGGCCGACGCCGGAUGUGAUACCCUUGGUGCCUGCGCUCGGCGGCAUGGACUUCUCCCCCAUAUCCAGCCGAGCGGGCUCACCGCAUCGGAAUCCGCUAACGAGGGUCAAGGGGAUGUUCCGCGAGCGGAGCAAGGAUCGUAGCGCGGAAACACUUAGUCCUCAGCAAUAUCAACACCAUAACGGGGAUGACAACAAUGGUGGCGGCGCAGCACCAAUCACUACUAUGGCCGAUGGCCUGGUGGCUACCCCUGAAACCGCCGGAAGCGGUAUCUCCUCGCCACACCGCCGGCGACCCUCGCGCAGCCCGAUCAGCGGUAGUGACCGUCCGCCGUUCGGCCACCGCUCCCACAAAAGCCUGAGCAGUGUGAAACAGCAGCAGCAGCAGCAGCAGCAGCAGCAGCAGCAGCGCAGUGACGACGGUAACGGCCUCAGUAGUAGUUUCCGCUCCUUCCUCCGGGGCGGUCCGCGCAUCGAUACUGUUCUGCGUAGUAGUGUGUCCAAGAUGAGUGAUAUGCUAUGGCGGAAGGAUGGGGAGGAUACUUCGGGGACGUCGUCGUCGUCGUCGGAUUCGGAGGCUGGAGGACGGUCGCGGGGGCCGAGGCAUAAGAGGAGUUAUUCGGUGUUGGAGGGAAGGAAGGCUUUGUUGGAUGCUCCGCAGUUUGUGAGGGAUCAUCGUGGUGCUUCGCAGGGUUCGUUCCAGCACCCGCCAGCCCGGCCGAUCAGUCGACGGUCGUCUCGGUUUGACUUGCUCAAGCCACCGAGGAUUGAUGUGCAGAAUGCCUCGCCGAGUAUCUCGCCCCCGCCUGCUGAGUCUCAGUCUCAGGUUGCCGGGAAGACGACAGCCAACAGCAACCUCACCCGCGCAGCCACGGCCCGGCUGGACGCGGCGCUUGCGAUUCCGCAUCGACCUGUCGGACCGUCCGGUCGGCCGUGGUCCAUCGCUGACCGCGGGAGUGUCUUUCCUUCGACGGGUGUUACUGCGGUCUCGAAGCGUGAGAUUGCCCGGCUGCGGGCUCUGCUGCUUAGCUCGGGAAUCCACGCUAUGGAGAUGGACCGGAGAGCAAAGACGCGGAAACUUAACCCUACGCCUGGUAAUCCGACGGCCGACACCACAACAAACACCAACACAACAACAGACACCCUCACCUGGCCCCUCAUAGCCUCACACGCCCCCGACCCAACAACCCACACCCGCCUCCUAACCACCCCCCUCGCCCAAACCGAACUCUACCCCAUCGCCGCUCGCACCCUCGCAGCCUCCGUGCAAACCUCCACCGCCUCCGCCCACACCCACGCCACCCACUUCGCCAGCACCACCGCGCCCUCUCUCUACGCCCGCGCCGACACCCUCCGCUCGCGCGUCGCGUUUGAUUUGACCAGUCUCGCGCAGGAGACUAUUGAUGCUGCGGAUGGAGCGAACCAUGAUUUGGUUGCGGGGCAGAGGUUGAAGGUGAAGAGUGUGGUGGAUGCGAUGGAGACGAUGUUACGACGAAGGAGGAGGAGGUUUAGGUGGGUGAGGAGGGCUGGGUGGUUGGUGGUGGAGUGGGUUUUGGUCGGGUGUAUGUGGUAUGUGUGGUUUAUGGUGGUUUUGGCGAGGGUGGUGAUGGGAGUUGGGAGGGGGGUUGUUGGGGGUGUGAGGUGGUUGUUGUGGUUGUAG